AAAGAAUCCGGAAAUACGUCAAGGCGCAAAAUAGAGCCUGAUUCAAACUAAGUCAGCUGUUUACCAGACGUGAAGACGGUACCAUAUGUGACAACAGCUUAUAGGUGACAAGAGUUAAUCCAGCUGUCAACACGAUGCAUGGUCAGUCAUCAACUUGCACUGGGAUUGAACACAAAGUUCAACAGAGGUCACUGGAAUGGUUUUCACUGCGUAGAAACACACUGAUCACAGCAUCACAAUUUGGAGAUGUCAUUGGAGUUGGAAGAGGGAAGCCAUUUGACUUCUUCCUGUCUCUCAUUUCAGAAGAUUCAAUAUUCGAGCUGGAUGACAAUCUGAUGUCCCAUCUACAACAUGGCAUAGACACGGAAAUCAUUAUUAAAGAAGCUUAUGAAAUGUUGACAGGGAACAGUGUGCGGGAUUCAGGAUUCUGGGUUCCAAACAAAGACAGCCCUUUGAAAACUCUGAUUGGUGCUUCCCCAGAUGGUGUGGUUGUUGAUAGAGAUUGUCCUGAGAAUAUUAUUGGACUUACAGAGUUUAAAGCCCCUGUGCAUAAGAUGUACUCUGGAAACGAUUUGGACUACGGUAUACCCAGGCAAUACAUGGCCCAGAUUCAGGGUCAGAUGGCAGUGGUUGGUGCCCCCUGGUGUGACUUUUUAGCAGUGUGUACAAAAACAAGGGAGAUAAUGCUGAAAAGAGUGCACUUUCAUCCCCUGUACUGGCUCCAUGUGUCGGAUGUCAUAAGGCAGUUCUGUCAUACAUUGCAGGAAUCCCAGGUGAGGGAGACUUUCGGACAAGAUCCUUUAGAAUCUCUGUCCGCGAAGAAGCUAAGGACAAUACCGAUGCACAGACCCAAGUUCCCGGGGGAGGACAGCAUCACUGUGGUGGACCUUCUGGAACAGAAAGAUGGGAUGUUCCGCGGGCCCUCCAAGGUGUUCAUGUCAUUUGACCUACUUAUGGGUUACCCCUGUAACCAAGGUAACUCAAGCCUGAAUAUAGACCAUGUGUUGGAGAGGAUAGACAGCCAGAUACAUAAUCCUCCACCAAGUCGAGUUGUGUGAUCCUGUACAUGUAUUUAAGAUGUAAUUUAUAUUUAUUCAGAUUUUAAGUGAUGAAUAUUAUCAUUUUAUCCAGUUACUGUGACCUAUUUUAUUAUUGUUAUUUCAAUAAUUUGUUCAAUAAACUAUUAAUACAUGUUCAA